UCCCCUUCUUUUGUUUCAUUUGGCUUGCGCGAUUCAGAAUUAGGGUUUCAUCUUUGUGAAGCCCUUUGGCCGUAGCCGCCUGUCAGAGAGAGAGAUUACUCCUUUCCUAGCUUUUCUCUUCUCCUCUUUUCUUGAAAUCGAACCUCGAUUCGUUUCUGUAGCUGAAGGAUUUGGUCAAAACACAAACACUCACAACCAUCCAUAUAAAGCAAGCUUUUAUAUUAACCGAAGAUGUCUCGGUGUUUCCCUUUUCCCCCUCCAGGUUAUGGUGCACGUAGCGAGGCCUUGAUCGAAUCGAUUAAGCUCCGAGAGGAGAUAGAGAAGAAGAGGAGGGAAAAGAUAGAGAAGAAGAGAAUCAAGAAGGAGAAGAAGAGGGCAAAGGAGGAGAAGAAAGAGAUAAGGAAAGAGAAGAAAGAAAGGAAACAUAAAGAAGGAACAACUGCAGCUACUAUUGGCAGUGACGAUGACAAGAAGUUCAAGCUCAUUAAGGAUAUUAAGGAAACCAAAGCAGAUGGGAAGUUGCAAAAGGGUGAAGUCUGUGACAAUGAACUACUUGAGAGGAGUGGAAUUACAGAGGAACUUGAACAACCUGUUACUUCUCGGGAGCCUUGCUGCUUGUCUGAUAGUACUCAAAGCAGUAAGAGGAAAAGGGGCUCCCCACAAGCAACCCAUGAAAAUGGACCUGCCAUUAAAAUCCGACUCCCUCUAAGAAAGCACAGUGAUCCUGAAGAAUUGAAUUCCAAAUCAAAAUUUAAUGUGGGGUCUUCUUCAGGAAAUGUGGGGGAUAGUGAACAUCCCUUAAAUAAAACUGGUCUUGCUACUGAGCAUCAGUCAAAAUGUGUCACUAACACAGGUCCCAAAGGAUCUAUUGAAAAAUCUGAUUCCAGCAGUGACAAAGUGUUGCAGAGUUCUUUUAGUGGAAAUGCAGUGGUCACUACGAGUACUGUUGGAAGUGACAGUCAGUCACAAUAUCUCAGGACUUCACAGCCCAAACGGGUUGUUGGAAACUUGGAUUCUAGACAUCCCAAAUCUGUACACAGUUCAGUUCGUCCUGAUGUUGUGGUGGGUAAAGAUACGAUUGGAAAUGAUAGUCAGUCACUGUCUCUCCGGACGACAGAGUUCAAACGGGGUUCUCUUCGAAACUCUGUUUCUAGACAUGGCAAUGCAAUGCAGAAUUCUGUUCAUGGAGAUUGUGUAGUGGUAAAAAACACAGUUGGAAGUGAGCGUCAGUCACAGUCUCUCAGGACUGCAGUGCCCAAUGGUGUUCUUGGAAAAUCACAAUGUCUUCAGUUGGAAGAACCCAAACAGGUUCUUAGUAACUCUGGCAAAGUGAUACACAAUUCUAUUCGUGGAGAUUCUACUGGUGCUAAAAGUUCCACCCUUCAAAAUGAUCCUCAGACAUUACCCAAACGGGUUAAUGGAAACUCUGCUGCUAGACAUGGCAAAGCGGUGCAGAAUUUGGUUCAUGGAGAGGUUUUGGUGACUAAAAAUACUCCAGGAAGCUAUCAUCAGUCGAUCGCAGAAAUUGCUGUUGAUGAUGCCAUGGUCACAGAUAAAGCAGUUGAUGCCAUGGACAUAGAUAAAGUAGUUGGUGAUGCUAUGGAAAUGGUUAAAGCAGUUGAUGAUGGUAGUAAGAGAGUGGAAUCUUUGUACAAGUCUCUGUUACUUAUUCCUCCACUAACGCAUGAUGGAUUUGAGUCAUUAGAUGAAAAUUGGUUAUUUAGUUCGGAAGCAAAGGCAAAACCGCCUGCCUCAAAGAAACAGAAGUGUGAUUCUGAUGUCUUCAAGCUUUCAAGUUCUAUGUGGCCUCGUGCAGAAUACUUCCCUGAGGUUGAUGUGUAUGCGCUGCCAUAUGCAGUUCCAUUUUGAUUUUUUUUCACAUUAGGUAGUUUCAAAGUAGGAAGCUGUGUUCAAUUUGACAGAACCGGAGAACUAUUGUUUUUUGAAAGAGGAAAAACACUUACAUGGCAUGCGGGGAAAGAUUGCCUAAUAUAUUCUAAACGUGAAUGAUGCAAUUUUGUCUUCCACACCCGACGUAGAGUAUUUGCAGAAUGUACAUAAAUAUAAAUAUAUAUAGAUAGAGAUAUUUAUGAU